GUACAGCCAGGUGACACACACAGGAGCUGGAGACCAGCGAGAGUGGUCCAGCAGAUGAGCCAUAGAUCAUAUGAGGUGCAGUUAGAGUCAGGAGGGGUUGUGAGACGAAAUCGUCGUCACCUCAGACAUAAUCACACCGUGCUCACACCAACACGAAACGCACCCACACCAACAGUGACUGAGGCGGCCGUACGGCCAGAUGGCCCAGUACAGAACCAAGACAAGUUCACCAGGUCAGGUCGACAAGUUGUCAUGCCACACUACCUGACGGACUAUGUUCAGUGAUUGGAGUAUGGACAAUGAAGAAAAAAAAGAAAAAAAAAAAAAGAAAUGAAAAUGAUGUUUUGAACUGAUACCUUAGGAAAGAGACUAACUUUAAAAAAGAAAAAGAAAGAUGUAACAAUAGGAUUGUUUAAUUAAGUACAGUUGUACGGGGGACGGAUUUCUAUGUGACACCGCACUCGCGGACCAGUUCAGUAAUGUACAAGGCAGAGAGUGGAUGCCUGGAUGUAAUAAAGUUCAAGUAAGCAAGACUGCUUUAAUCGUCCAUUAUGUAUAGUCCGGUAGAGGCAGAACAUAAAUGAAACAAGUACCAAAUUCAUUUUUUUACUUAAUGCCCUUCUCAGACUUUCUUUCUGUUAUCCUCUCUUGUAGACAUAAUCCCUGGAAAUCCAAAAUCCAGAACUUCGUCCAGAGUCCAUUACCAUGGCGGAAAUUCACCAGACAGGAAACAAAUGAAACGAACCCACCCGGAGAAUCUCUCGAGACUGUUCUUUCCCAGAAAUGCGGACAAAAAGUAUUUCGGGACUUUCUGAAGUCAGAGUUCUGUGAGGAAAACCUGGACUUCUGGCUCGCCUGUCAAGAGUUCAAAACCUCUAAGAGUCCAGGGGAGCAAAGACCCAGAGCAGCAAGAAUUUAUGAAGAGUUCAUCAGGGAUGAGUCUCCAAAACAGGUGAACUUAGAUUUCUACACAAGAGAGAUCAUCAGGCAGAGUGUCCGACAAGCAACUCUGUCAUGUUUUGUUGUGGCGGAGAGGAAAAUCUACAGCCUGAUGGAAAACGACUCCUUCCCCCGCUUUAUUGAAUCAGAACAAUACGAAGUCCUGUUUGAUGCGGCCUCUAAGCAGAGAGGCCAUGGGAAGCACAGAAAGGCCCUGGAGAUAAGGAGAAGCAGAGAUCUGACGCAGCAUGAUUCUAAAGCCAUCAACAUGCAGUGUCUCUCCUGCACAAGGACUGACAUCAUGCGUCUUCAAAGUGUUGCACAGACACAGGAUCAGGAACUGUGUUGACUGAUACUGUGCAGAAACUUCUCCCGACCUCAUAAUGUCACCUUACAAUUGUAAGGACGAAAGCUGUGUCUGUGCAAUAGACCAUGCAUUGCAGGUUCCACCUGGUGCACAAAACCAAAGGCUAAAGUAAACCUUAAUAGGUGCAGGAAUUAAUCUUUAAAACCGGGAAAUGAGUUAGUAAUUUACCAUUUCAAGCUCCCCAGUCUUAAAAAAGCCAUUUUUAUAUUUUGUUCUACAGCAUAAAUACAGUCAGUAAAUACCCCACCGGUGAAUGCUUCCAUGUAUCAUGAAACAACAACUAACUUACAAACUAACAAUUGUCAUCACUACUAAUAUCAUCGCACUAGCUUAGCGGUUUAGUGCAGUCAUUUGACCAUGAUGUAGUUUGUUUCUAGCGUAAUGUUAGCUUUUUACUUGUGGCGAUUGCGUUUACCCUUCAACAAUCAUAAAAUAGCUCUUAAUAUGUGGAGAUAAUCCUGCUGAAUAAAACAUGUGAGUAUCAUAAAAUGUGUCUGCCACAGAUUUUAUUUUAUGCAAUUUUCCAUAAUCCAAUGGCAAAAUCUCAUUGACUCUAUUGCAGAGAUGAGCCCUUGCAAUUCUAACUUCAGGGACAGCCUACAAAUGACACCAUAACUGCACAACUAUGGUGCUAAACAAAUAGAAUGCACAUGACUGUAGUGUUUUAAAAUUGUGCAGGUUAAACUAAAUGUAUGGAAAUGUGAAUGGUUUUGCCUAGACUGUAUGGCACAUUGCAAUAUUAAAGACUUCAUUUUUUAGUUAUUUCAUUAAAACAAAUGUAUAAACUGUGAUAAAGAUGUGUGUCUUCAUUGGUAUCUUUAAAAUGUCUUGUUGGUGUCUUACUGCCACCCAGUGGUGACUUCGAAAACUUGCACUAAAACAACUGUGUGUGCAACUGGAUUCAAUCAUAUACAGUCUAUGGUUUCAAUACUUUAAAAAUGUACGUUAUAAAAGCUGUCUGCAAUAAAGGGAUGAAAACAUA